AUGCCAGCUAAAUACUCUCAUGUCAAGAAGCGAUCCGCCUCUGGGCUAUUGAAGAAAGAGAAGAAUAGUCCAAAUGGCCACCAUAUCAUCAAGGAGACAUACCACCCUCGCCCGCUCAAUCCACACAUCGAUCGUAGCCUCAACCAGGCAAUGUCUGCCGUCUCCCAACUCGAGCACGCGAUUGCCCGCCUGUUUCUCCUACGGUACGAACAAGAUAUUGCCCGCCUCUAUUCCACGCGCCUGUAUAGCGUCGCCCUCGUUCAUCUACCGACGUUGGUCAUGCGAUGCGUAACCCUCGGAGGGCCCGGGUGGCUAGCAUUCAAUCACGAUUCCGAGGAGAUCAAGGAUUUUUUCCGUGCUGCCAUUAGCAUGGAUAUGCGACAGGCAGGAGAGAGGGUCGCCACGAAGAGUGUCUUGUGGUCUUAUACGGCUCUUCGCCAUUUUGCAAUGUCCAACAACGUGUCCAUUUGCAACAAGCUCGGACUACAUUCUCUCCGCCUUCUACCUUACUAUCCGGCACUCAAAGCUCAUCUCGACACGCUCGAAGCUAUGGGACCGCCUAUUUUUACCAAGCCACCGUAUUUGGGUUCUUUGCAAGAAGGACAGGAAGCCCUAGAAGACGCCUGCGAGCUGAAGUUCGGCUGGAUGCACGAACUUGCACCAGGUCAUCCGGAGUGGGAAGGCGAUUGGAAGGCAAAAAUUCGCCACGGCUACGAGAGACUCUCGCAAACGCUCUGGCGAGUCGCACGCGAAUUCGACGUGCGAGGAUAUGGGUUAGUUCUGCGAGAGAAGUUAACCACGAAAUGGUGCGAUUGCGGAUGCUCGACGGACCACCUUGGAGAAGUUUGCGAGCGGACUGUGAGAGAGGACGAAGAAGAGAACGGUGUCCGGCCUGGGAAGCAGAGGGAGUGGGACGGGCGAGGAAGUGGUAUUCUCGGUUGGGAGACGGAGGAAGAGGAAGACAUAUGGGAGGUCGACCUGGAUUUCGGUGGUCUGGACCCGGAGGAGUGUGGAGGGCCAGAUUCGGAGAUGACCAUCGGGGAGAUGAUGGAGUGGCGGUAUUUGAAGGCCGAGCGAGAGAAAGAACGGGGUAAUGCUGCGUUCCGCAUAGGCGACUACCUGGUUGCGAUUCAGCUGUAUGAAAGUGCCCACGAGAUUGAAUCGGAAGUGCCGCAUUACCAGCUUAACCUUGCCGCUGCCCACCUUAAACUGAACAAUUGGAUUGAAGCCGAAAAGGCAUGCACUAAAGCUCUUCAGCAGCAUCGAAGUAGCAAGGGUCUAUACCGUCGGGCCAGGGCCCGAAAGAUGCUUGGACGGCCAGAUGAAGCCAUCCAAGAUCUCCGCGCCGUACUCCGACUGCAACCUAACAAUCUGGAAGCGUUGGCCGAGCUUGCCUCACUAAUAUCUAUGGCUGACGACAAAAACCUGUCGGGUACCACUACUAACCCGUCCUCCUCCAAGAGCCCUCCUUCAAUGAAAAUCGAGCCUAAUGCAGAAACUCUGCGACGCCUAGGCAUACCCAAACCGAAACCCAUCAAACAGCCCCCAUUUACGAAGCUCCGGUCGGACGAUAGGAAGCUGAAGAUUGUCCUGCUCUCGCCAGCUGAUUCGAGUGGUACGGGGCGGAAGUUCAGUGGUCUGAACACCAGCAGUCUAAACGAGCCGCAACUACCGCCGCCCAAAGCAAGCCGGCAUGGGAAAGAGAAGGCGGGUGCGAUACGCACUCGAAAGACCAAGGAGCUCGAGAAGAUGAGAGCUGAGUGUACGAAUUACCCGAGUUGGGAGAGAUAUGUCGUGAAGAAGGAUUAG